GACGACGACCAGUUCCCGACAUCACGAGACUCACCACUAACCCCCGUCCUUCAGUGAUCAAUCCGUGUCUCUGGCCAAGAUGUCGACAUCCAAGGUUAAGGCCGCCCAGCUGUGGGGAAAGAACAAGGAGGACCUGACGAAGCAGCUCGGCGAGCUCAAGACUGAGCUCGGCCAGCUUCGCAUCCAGAAGAUCACCUCUUCCGGCUCCAAGCUCAACAAGAUUGGCGACAUCCGCAAGUCCAUCGCUCGCGUCCUGACCGUCAUCAACGCCAAGCAACGCCACCAGCUCCGCCUUUUCUACAAGAACAAGAAGUACGCGCCCCUCGACCUCCGCGCGAAGCAGACCCGUGCCAUCCGCCGCAGGCUGUCCAAGGCCGACGCGGAGAGGGUCACCGAGAAGCAGCGCAAGAAGACGCAGCACUUCCCUCAGCGCAAGUACGCCGUCAAGUCUGCUUGAGCGUGAUGCCUGUGUCUGGGUAACGAAGGGCUGGGGACGACAAUGAUCGGCAUACGUUUUUGGCAAGGGGGACUCCGAUUUCUCGAUGCAUCGCACGGUUCAGAGGAAAUAAUUGAUUUCGUAUAAAACCAUCAACGCGCAACGGAUUCUCGAGGGUCAGGACUCAUAAAAAACUUGUUCGGGUCUCGCUGGCCCGGAUUAGGUAGCAGGACAGCUGCCGCCCAUUGCAUAGAGCUAAUAAGAUGCUCUGAAAUUCACAACGCCCCCUUCGGACCUAAGUCGACAUGUGUGACGGUGGUUAUGGUGUCUUGCGGUAGCAGCACGUCGUUGUCCGAAUAGAGAUGUCU